CUUUAACCAAAUCUUUUUUAUAGGAUAUCCUUGAAGUCUCAAGAUGAUGAAUUCAAUGCAACCCCGAAUCAUCCUGUUGAAGGAGGGAACUGACACUUCCCAGGGAGUCCCUCAAAUAGUGAGCAACAUCAACGCUUGUCAGAUGGUAGUGGAAGCUAUCCGUACCACUCUUGGUCCCAGAGGCAUGGACAAACUCAUUGUGGAUAGCAGAGAGAAAGUAACGAUUUCUAACGAUGGUGCCACAAUCCUUGGUUUACUGGACAUCGUACAUCCAGCAGCCAAAACAUUGGUCGACAUCGCUAGAUCUCAAGAUGCCGAGGUUGGUGAUGGUACAACGACCGUUACGUUGUUAGCUGGAGAAUUCAUGAAGCAAGCCAAGCCUUACAUCGAGGAUGGAAUGAACUCUCAAAUAAUCAUCAGAAGUUUCAGAAAAGCCACCGCUUUUGCUCUCAAGAAAAUCCAAGAGGUUCAAGUGACAGUUAAGAGGGACGAUCCUAUGGAACAGCGUGAACUUCUGAAGAAGUGUGCUUCCACCUCCAUGUGCUCCAAACUCAUCGCCUACAACAAAGAUUUCUUUUCUGAUAUGGUCGUAGACGCAGUUAUGUGUCUUGAUACUCUUCUCCCUCUGAACAUGAUUGGUAUCAAGAAAGUAACCGGUGGAUCCGUUACCGACUCCCAGUUAAUUGGAGGUGUCGCUUUCAAGAAAACCUUUUCAUACGCUGGAUUUGAAAUGCAGCCCAAGACAUACAAACAACCUAAGGUCCUGAGUUUGAACAUUGAACUGGAACUUAAAGCAGAGCGUGACAACGCUGAAUGCAGGAUUGAUAAUGUUGAGGAAUACCAAAGGAUCGUUGACGCCGAGUGGAACAUUCUGUACGCUAAGCUCGACCUGAUGGUAGCUUCAGGAGCCAAGAUCAUCCUAUCAAAACUCCCCAUUGGCGAUGUCGCCACACAAUACUUCGCUGACAGGGACAUUUUCUGUGCGGGCCGAGUCACACAGGAGGAUCUGAACAGGACAGUAAAAGCUUGCGGAGGAACUAUCCUCACCACUGUUAACGACAUCAGGGAUCAGGACAUGGGUCUGUGCCAGUUGUUCGAGGAGGUUCAGAUCGGUAACGAAAGGUACAAUUUGUUCACGGGGUGCCCCAAGGCAAAGACUUGUACCCUCAUCCUAAGAGGAGGAGCGGAACAGUUCAUUGACGAGACAGAACGAUCUCUUCACGAUGCCAUCAUGAUCGUCAGAAGGGCAUUGAAGAACGACUCGAUUGUUGCCGGAGGUGGUGCCAUCGAGAUGGAACUCAGCAAAGAGCUGAGAAAUUACGCCAAGACAAUUCAUGGAAAAGAACAGUUGCUGAUCACAGCUUAUGCUAAGGCACUCGAGAUCAUUCCCAGACAACUGUGUGACAAUGCUGGAUUUGAUGCCAUCACAAUUCUCAACAAACUGAGACAGAAGCAUGCCCAAGAUGAUUCUUCUUCAGGAGGAAAGUGGAUGGGAGUGGACAUCACCUCUGAAGACAUCGCCGAUAACUUCGAAGCUUGUGUUUGGGAACCCUCUAUCGUCAAGAUAAACGCUUUAACAGCUGCCUGUGAAGCAUGUUGCACAAUUCUGUCUAUCGACGAGACUGUCAAGAACCCCAACAGCAACUACAAGGCUCCAAAUGCUUUACCUGGCAAUCAGUUUUAGUAUGUAAAAAGUUUUGAGAUUGCAGGACAGUUGUUAUUUCAUGUGUUCACUCGAUCGGUAUUAUAUUUGUAAUAUGGAGUAUUUGUAUAAUAUUUUUAUAUUUAA